GUCUGGGAGGGUUUCCUGGACAGAGGUCCUCGUGGCAGCUGCUGGAGACGUGCAGCCCUGGUCGCGGCGGCCGCUGCUCUCUGACCAGCGCCGCGCAGGCAGCAGCAUGGAGCUCUGGGGGGCCUACCUGCUCCUCUGCCUCUUCUCCCUCCUGCCCCAGGUCACUGCCGAGCCACCGUCCCCCCAGGUCAAGAAGUCUGCCAAUGUCAAGAAAGAUGUCGUGAGCCCGAAGAUGUUUGAGGAACUCAAGAGCCAGCUGGACAGCCUGGCCCAGGAGGUGGCCCUGCUGAAGGAGCAGCAAGCCCUGCAGACGGUCUGCCUGAAGGGCACCAAGGUGCACCUGAAGUGUUUCCUGGCCUUCAACCAGGCGAAGACCUUCCACGAGGCGAGCGAGGACUGCAUCUCGCGCGGAGGCACGCUGGGCACCCCCCAGACGGGCUCGGAGAACGACGCGCUGUACGAGUACCUGCGCCAGAGCCUGGGCGGCGAGGCCGAGAUCUGGCUGGGCCUCAACGACAUGGCGGCCGAGGGCGCCUGGGUGGACAUGACCGGCGGCCCCAUCGCCUACAAGAACUGGGAGACGGAGAUCACGCCGCAGCCCGACGGCGGCAAGGCCGAGAACUGCGCCGCGCUGUCGGGCACGGGCAACGGCAAGUGGUUCGAUAAGCGCUGCCGCGACAAGCUGCCCUACAUCUGUCAGUUCGCCAUCGUGUAG